UUGAGCUGGAGCAGCACACUGACACCGUCUCUGCAAUAGUGUCGAGUAGUUAGCUGUCAACAAACUGAAGUAGUCAUUUUGGACUAUUGUCAUUUAUAAAGACCAACAUGCAUUGAUACUAGACCUGUGAUUUUACGGAGCGACGUUACAGCUGUUUUAAAGAGCGUUUUGAACCGAAGAGGAAUUGUGACGAGUUCUUAAUUGUGUUGUUGACUUACUAGCUUGGUGGCUAGCUAGGUCAGCUAGAAAGCUUGUUAAAUAUUACUGAUUCAGCGGCCAGUUGAGAUUCAUUAGCUAGUUUUUUUUUUUUUUUUUUUUAGAAGGCAUCAAAACAGUCGGUUCCUGCCAUGGCUGACAGCAGCAUAUUGACUUUAGGGACAGCUCAGAGUCUGUUGGUGGAUUCUUCGGUCUAUGAUUCCAGGAUUGCUGAAACCACCAAGGAUCAUGUAUUUCUGGGCAUGGGAUGUGAAGAUGGGGAAGAUAUGCUGCCAAAAGUGGAGACACGGGUUGUUCUGGUGGGAGAAGCAGGCAGAAAUAGAGAGCUGGCCAAAGCACUGCAGGCCAUCAGAGUAAUGGAGGUACCUGUGGUAAAGAUAAGAAAAGGCGAGGCGGGUGCCGAGGAGAAAAUGAUGAUAAAAUCUAUAGUCAAUAUGGACAUCAACACCCCAUUCAUAAUGACAGAUAGCGUCCAGGAGUUUGGGGAUGGAGAGAACACUGAGUUUGAGACGGUGUUUGUUCUCACACAAUUUGAUUCUCCUGAAUACAACUACCUCUACAAACAUGAACACCGCAUUGUUGGGCCUCCUGUUGUGCUGCACUGUGCUGCGAAGGAUGAACCUCUCCAGUUUUCAUGUCGACCUCUCUACUCCACCACCAUGUUAAACCUGUCUCUGUGUUUCACUGGAUUCAGGAACAAAGAGGAAAUGAAAAACUUGGUGAAUCUGGUUCAUCACAUGGGUGGGACCAUACGGAAAGACUUUAGCACAAAGGUCACUCAUCUUGUUGCAUACUCCACUCAUGGAGAGAAAUACAGGCUGGCAGUGUGCAUGGGGACACCCAUCCUCACUCCAUCAUGGAUUCUUAAGGCCUGGGAAAGAAGAGAUGAUGUAAAUUUCCACGCAGGUGACGAGGAGUUUCGAACUGAGUUCAAAGUGCCCCCGUUUCAGGACUGCGUUCUCAGUUUUUUGGGGUUUUCUGAGGAAGAGAAGGCCAACAUGGAAGAGAGGACUCUUAAACACGGUGGCACGUACCUUGAGGUUGGAAAUGAAAGAUGUACGCACAUGGUUGUGGAGGAAAACCUGGUAAAGGAGCUACCAUUUUCUCCCUCCAAGAACCUAUUUGUGGUCAAACAAGAGUGGUUCUGGGGAAGUAUUCAGAUGGAUGCUCGAGCUGGAGAAUCCAUGUACCUCUAUGAGAAGAAUGACAGCCCAGCUAUGAAGAAAGCAGUGUCCCUCCUUUCCCUCACCACCCCAAACAGUAACCGUAAGCGUCGACGUCUGAAGGACACAUUGGCUCAGCUCACCAAAGAAACAGAGAUCUCUCCCUUCCCUCCGCGCAAAAGACCGUCAGCAGAGCACUCGUUGUCUAUUGGUUCACUGCUGGACAUCUCUAAUACUCCAGAGACAUGCAAGGCUUUGGCAGAAGACAGAGUAGGAGAAAGUUUUGUGGCCAAGACUAGGAUAGGAAGAAGGAAAACCAGGGAAAGGAGUAGGACAGACAGGGAGGAGAGGAGAAAAAGGUCCCAUCUGACUACAAAUGCUUGUCAACAACCAGAAGAAGAGCAGCACCAGGGAACUUAUGGAGAGAGUUCGAAGCCUUCUAAGAGUUCAACUCCGGUUCUCUCCAAGCAGUCAGCCAGGUGGCAGGUCUCCAAGGAGCUCUACCAAACUGAAAGCAACUAUGUAGACAUUUUAAGCACAAUCCUACAGCUUUUCAAGCAUCCAUUGGAAAAAGAGGGACAGGUGGGUGGACCUAUCCUGGCUCAAGAGGAGAUUAAGACAAUAUUUGGCAGCAUCCCAGACAUCUAUGAAGUUCAUACCAGAAUAAAGAAUGAUCUUGAGGAGCUCCUCACAGACUGGUCAGAAAACAGAAGUGUUGGAAACAUCAUUCUGAAAUACUCUAAAGAGCUGGUGAAGGCCUACCCCCCCUUUGUCAACUUCUUUGAAAUGAGCAAAGAGACCAUUGUUCAGUGUGAGAAACAAAAACCACGGUUUCAUGCAUUCCUCAAGAUUAACCAGGCCAAGCCAGAAUGUGGCAGGCAGACACUGGUGGAGCUGCUCAUAAGACCAGUACAGAGACUGCCUAGCGUGGCCCUUCUUCUUAAUGACAUAAAGAAACAUACAUCGGAUGACAACCCAGACAAGAUAACACUGGAGAAAGCAAUUGAGUCUCUGAAAGAAGUCAUGACCCACAUUAAUGAGGACAAAAGGAAAACUGAAGGCCAGAAGCAAAUCUUUGAUGUUGUUUAUGAAGUUGAUGGUUGUCCUGCCAACCUGCUGUCCUCCCAUCGUAGCCUCGUUUACCGAGUAGAAACCAUUGCUCUGGGAGAUCAGCCAUGUGACCGUGGUGAAAAUGUCACAUUGUUCCUCUUCAAUGACUGUCUUGAGAUUGCAAGGAAGCGACACAAGGUGAUCAAUACGUUCAAGAGUCCGCUGGGACAGACGAGACCACCGCCCCCCCUGAAACACAUAGCAUUAAUGCCGCUGUCUCAGAUUCGACGAGUGCUGGACUUGCAAGACACAGAAGAGUGUGUGAAUGCAUUCGCCUUGGUGGUUCGCCCUCCGACUGAACAGGAGAACUUGUUGUUCAGCUUCCAACUGGCGGGAGAGGAAACGGUUAAAAGCGCCUGGCUGCGAACACUUUGCCGCCAUGUAGCCAACACCAUCUGCAGGGCUGAUGCGGAAGACCUUAUUCAGUGUACAGACCCAGACUCACUGCAGGUCAGCACCAAGGAUAUGGACAGCACCUUGAGCAAAGCCUCCAGGGCCAUCAAGAAAACCUCUAAAAAGGUGACAAGAGCGUUUUCUUUCACCAAGACCCCAAAGCGUGUGAUCCAGAGGGCUUUCAUGGCCAACAGUCCUUCAGAUGAGAAAAGCCAGAGGCUGAGCUGUGAAAACCGCAUCGGCAGCAGCACCACGUUGGCUGCACACCACUCACCCUCCAUGGUCCAUCUGCCUACCAUGUUUGAGAGGAAGUAUCACACAUUCAGUCGUUCCACCACCCACCUCUUCUGAAAUGCUUCUGUUUGAAGGCACCAGCAGGAGUCAUUGCUAGCCUUUUCCACCUCGUUUGCUUUGACUGACACUAACAGCAAGAUUUGACCACAUAGGUCGAUUUGCAUAAAGUUAAAGCUACCUGUAAAUACGACAAACUUAUAUUUGUCCAAACCGGUGCUUCAGGCUUACACAGAUUUAGCCUAUCCAGAAGAAAUGGCUUUAAGCCAUCAUAAUGCACUGAAUGUAGGGACUUACUGAUAUUUGCCAGUAUCAGAACUGUCCUGCAGCUGUCUGUGGCUUCCCAUCUGAAAUAUGAGCAGCAGUGGGGGCAAGCUGGUCAUAAUUUUUAUGCUUUAUCCAGCUAAUAUUAGUCAUUUGCUGCGAACUUCCAGGACUUCCUUUCUUUUUCCAAACUCACAAUGUUUGAAUUGAGACUGCAUCACUAGGGCCUAACUGGAACGGUACUGUGCCAUGUUUGUGUUUGAUAGCCACUGCUUUGGUCAAGUUUGACUUAAUUUAAAAAAUAUGAAGGACAAAUUUUUAGUUUUUCUUGACAUUUUCUGUGUGUGUUUGUGUACUAGUUACAUUUUCAGUGUUUCUGUUUCCCUAUUCAGCUUCCUGAUUUCUAAGCAACCGCUCAGUGCCGUUCGUGGUUAUAAGCAUAGACCAAGUUUCAUCAUGUUUGUAUACAUGUGGUUUAAAUGGGAAUUUAAUCGCAUCUACGUUUGUUGCUAAAUGCUAUGGUAAAAUAAAUUAACAUUAAUUUUGAAGUUAGGUUUUUUUAUUUAACAGGGGAAAAUAGUUAAUCUAUUGUGUUGACUUUUUUGCCCUUCAAUGUUAUGUUUUUUUUUUUGUUUUGUUUUUUUAAUUAACUCUAACUGACAAUUGUCAUUGUUUUAUUGUAGUGUUGUAGAUUUUCUCUCUCCGCAUGUAAUAAUAUUCUAAUUAACUCACCUUGUUAAUGUAAACUUAAGCUUCCAGCUUUUAUAAAGCUUCUAUUUUAACAUUUGAGAGGUUCAGUUCCACAGAUCACAACCAUAUGUUUCUUCCCAGUACACUUGUACCUGUUUUAAAAGCCUUUUUACACAACAUCUGUAUCUGUGCGUAUAUUCGAGAAGUGAUGCUGCCUUGGUGUACAUAUUUAUUCUUAGUACUUUUUUUGUGUUUUGUUUUUUCCCUGAAUUACAUUAUUUAUGUUUGUUCUCUCGUAUCUUUAAGGCUCUUCUCACCAAGCCUAAUCAUUUCUACUUCUUUUAUCUCAACAUUAAAUGCACUUAAAAAUGUAUGUUUUCAUUUCAUGAAGAUGUAGGGGUUGGUGGCUAAAUACGUUAAGUCAUUUGUGUUAAAAUAAAUUUAUUUACUAUAUCCCUGAAAA